ACAGAGUGAGACUGCGUUCAAAAAACAAAACAAAACAAAACCCGAAAACCAAAACCAAACAAAACAUAAAGAAUAUAGACUAAAGAGAAGAUUGCCAAGAGUGUAUUCUGCGUUCUGCCACUUCACUGUAUGACCUUGGCAGGUUAUCUAUUAUAACUCCUCUCUGUCUCACUUUCUUUUUUUGGGAUACAGUUAUGUAUCCACAUGGUAAGAGCAUCGUGAGGAUAGACCUGAAGUACUUAGGAUGAUGUCUUUCACAUUACUGAUUUUGGUUAAUAACCAGUUUCAGGGAUUAGGGAGGAGGAAGUUAUUUCAAGGCCACUGGAUGAUGAAAUGUUCCCAGGGCUUUUUUCCUGGGCCUGUAAACAGUUCCAGGCCUCAUUCAGGCAGUGUGGUUGGUAAUCCUAUGGUUUGUUACUGCUUGAUGGUGCAUUUUAACAUUUGGUUAUAUUGCCUUUGACUUAUGCUGUUGUGUUAGGUGUGGCUAUAGGUUUGCAAUGGCAUAAUUGGUGUGUUUGCCUAAAGCCGAUACUUUCUCUGUUAAAUGUGGGAGUGCAUAGAAGGCAGAAUAAACCCUAGACAACAAAGUGCACAGUUUUAAUGGCAUAGUGUAGGACAGGAAGCAUUGUUUACCUAGGUCAAGGAUAUAUUAGUGUGCCUAUACAGUGUUCAUUUAAAGAUUGCCUAUUUUGAUAUUGGAGCCCCUGCUAGGUUGUAAGCUCUUUGAGAAAUAUGUAUUUAAAAAAUUUCUAUAUAUAACACUUGCCUUUAUUGAGAACUUACUAUGUGCCAGGUAAUGUGCCAAGUCCUUUACAUACAUCUAAUUUUAGUCUUACAACAGCUGAAUGAGUAAGAUAGCCCACUUUACAAUAAUUUGCCUUUGAUUACAUAGCUUAUUAAUGAUGAAAUCAGGAUAAAAACUCCAUUUGACUUAAAGAGUCAAAUGGAGUUGUUAUGUUGCCUGUACCUGUGCAACAAAAGACCUAUAAAAUAUUUAAUAAGUGUUUAUUGAAUAACAAAGAAUGAGGAUACGAACUUAAAUAAGAUUCAGUCCAUGUCCUUAAGGAACUAAGAGCUGAGUCAGAAAAGUAAAGGAGUGAUGAGGAUGCAGGGUUCAAAGUGUUAUAAUAGAGAUAUGGAUCUGGUGCCAAAGGAGCCCAAAGGAGAGGCACUUACAUCAAGUCAGUGAGCAGGGUCAAAAGGCAUCCUUCCUUGAAGAGGUGGAAUUUAAGCUGAAAGGUGAAUUGGAGUUGUCCAAGAGAGGAUGUGGGGUGCAUUCCAGGCAUAAGAAUAGAAAACAUUGUUUGAUACACCUAGAUAGAAGGUGUGAGAGUGAUAAGGGGUAAAGUAUCAGGGUUGGGAACUGAAUAAUUAAGGGAUUUGGGUGCAAAAUUGAGCAAUUUGAACUUUAUCCUGAAAGCUUUUGGGGAAGGGAAGAUCUUAGCACGUUUACACAGAAGAGUUUCACGAUUACAUUUGUGUUUUGGGAAGGUUGCUUUCGUAAGUAGCAUGGGAGAUAGAGGGAGAGGCAGAGGGGAUGCCCUGAGACCACUUAAGCUUUUCUCGUAAGUGAGGAAGGCCUAGGUAAGUCAGUGGGGUUGAGGAGUAGAGGAAGGAUUUGAGAGCUAUUAAGGAUAUCUUGGUGAUUGAGGGUGCAUGAGACGUUUGGACAAAAGGUGGCCCAAGUUUAUGGUGGAGGCCAGUGUUCGUUACUGAGACAGCAAGCUCAGGAAGAGGAGCAGAUAGGUGCAAAAAUGCUAUGUUUGGUUUGGGAUAUAUUGAGGUAGAUGAGAAGAGUGACUAGAGAGCAGCUCCAUGGGUCUUUGUCUCACUGGUAGGGACUGGGGAUGUUUUGGGUGUGAGAACAAGUAGAUAUGGGCACUACCAGAAUGUCAGUGGUAGCAUAUGUGAGAAUAUAAAAUAGAAAGUUAAACCCCAUAAAAGGGAAGUAUUUUGUCCCUGUCAUCAUACACACAGCUGGCAGAGUGUCAGCAGUUUGAACCUAGGACUGUCCGGUUUACAAGCCUGAGGAUGUGCUACUAUUUCAUGCCAAAAAACGGCCUCUUUUUGUUUAUUUUUUGAUUAUAUUGCCUGCCAAAGGAUAGAUUAUAGGCAACCUCCCGACUUCUAGUAAAUUACCCAGAGCCCUAUCGUUCUCAGAUAUUGGAUUAUCUCUUUAAGCCGAAUUUUGGUGCCUCUUUGCAUAUUCUAAAAGUGGAAAUAGGUGGUGAUGGGCAGACAACAGAUGGUACUGAGCCCUCCCACAUGCACUAUGCACUAGAUGAGAAUUAUUUUCGAGGAUAUGAGUGGUGGUUAAUGAAGGAAGCUAAGAAGAGGAAUCCCAAUAUUACACUCAUUGGGUUGCCAUGGUCAUUCCCUGGAUGGCUGGGAAAAGGUUUUGACUGGCCUUAUGUCAAUCUUCAGCUGACUGCCUAUUAUGUCGUGACCUGGAUUGUGGGUGCCAAGCGUUAUCAUGAUUUGGACAUUGAUUAUAUUGGAAUUUGGAAUGAGAGGUCAUAUAAUGCCAAUUAUAUUAAGAUACUAAGAAAAAUGCUGAACUCUCAAGGUCUCCAGCGAGUGAAAAUCAUAGCAAGUGAUAAUCUCUGGGAGUCCAUCUCUGCAGCCAUGCUACUUGAUGCCGAACUCUUCAAGGUGGUUGAUGUUAUAGGGGCUCAUUAUCCUGGAACCCAUUCAGUAAAAGAUGCAAGGUUGACUGGGAAGAAGCUUUGGUCUUCUGAAGACUUUAGCACUUUAAAUAGUGACACGGGUGCAGGCUGCUGGGGUCGCAUUUUAAAUCAGAAUUAUGUCAAUGGCUAUAUGACUUCCACAAUCGCAUGGAAUUUAGUAGCUAGUUACUAUGAACAGUUGCCUUAUGGGAGAUGCGGGUUGAUGACAGCCCAGGAGCCAUGGAGUGGUCACUACGUGGUAGAAUCUCCUGUCUGGGUGUCAGCUCAUACCACUCAGUUUACUCAACCUGGCUGGUAUUACCUGAAGACAGUUGGCCAUUUAGAGAAAGGAGGAAGCUAUGUAGCUCUGACUGAUGGCUUAGGGAACCUCACCAUCAUCAUUGAAACCAUGAGUCAUAAACAUUCUAAGUGCAUACGGCCAUUUCUUCCUUAUUUCAAUGUGUCACAACAAUUUGCUACUUUUGUUCUUAAGGGAUCUUUUAGUGAAAUACCAGAGCUACAGGUGUGGUAUACCAAACUUGGAAAAACAUCUGAAAGAUUUCUUUUUAAGCAGCUGGAUUCUCUAUGGCUCCUCGACAGCAAUGGCAGUUUCACACUGAAACUGCAAGAAGAUGAGCUGUUCACACUCACCACUCUCACCACUGGUCGCAAAGGCAGCUACCUGCCUCCUCCAAAAUCCCAGCGCUUCCCAAGUACCUAUAAGGAUGAUUUCAAUGUUGAUUACCCAUUUUUUAGUGAAGCUCCAAACUUUGCUGAUCAAACUGGUGUAUUUGAAUAUUUUACAAAUAUGGAAGACCCUGGUGAGCAUCACUUCACGCUACGCCAAGUUCUCAACCAGAGACCCAUUACGUGGGCUGCCGAUGCAUCCAAUACAAUCAGUAUUAUAGGAGACUACAACUGGACGAAUCUGACUAUAAAAUGUGAUGUUUACAUAGAGACCCCUGACACAGGAGGUGUGUUCAUUGCAGGAAGAGUAAAUAAAGGUGGUAUUUUGAUUAGAAGUGCCAGAGGAAUUUUCUUCUGGAUUUUUGCAAAUGGAUCUUACAGGGUUACAGGGGAUUUAGCUGGAUGGAUUAUAUAUGCUUUAGGACAUGUUGAAGUUACAGCAAAAACAUGGUAUACACUCACAUUAACUAUUAAGGGUCGUUUUGCCUCUGGCAUGCUGAAUGACAAGUCUCUGUGGACAGACAUCCCUGUGAAUUUUCCGAAGAAUGGCUGGGCUGCAAUUGGAACUCACUCCUUUGAAUUUGCACAGUUUGACAACUUUCAUGUGGAAGCCACACACUAAUACUUACAGGGCAUCAUAGAAUACUCUGGAUUUUCUUCCCUUGUUUUUGGUUUUGGUUCAGAGCCAAUUCUUGUUUCAUUGGAACAGUAUAUGAGCCUUUCGAGGCUAAAAAUAAUGAAGAGUAAAUGGGGAGAGAAAUUUAUUUUUAAUUUAUCCUGGAAGAUUUUGUUAGAAUUAAUUCCAAGGGGAAAACUGGUGAAUCUUUAACAUUACCUGGUAUGUUCAAACUGUGCAUUGGCCCUACCCUUAGGAGUGGUUUGAGUAGUACAGACCUCGAAGCCUUGCUGCUAACACUAAGGUAGCUCUCUUCAUCUUACUUGCAAGCGGUCCUGCACAUGGCAGUAACUUGAUCAUCAUGGAGAUGUAUUUAUGCAUGCUGACCGUGUGUCCAAAUGAGCCAGUGUCUUCAGCACAAGAUGAUGCUGCCAUAAUAGAAAGCUGAAGAACACUGGAAGUAGCUUUUUGAAAACCACUUCAACCUGUUAUGUUUUGUGCUCUAAAAAGUAUUUUUUUAAAUUUUCCUUUUUAAGAUAAUACUUUUGAAAUGUAGGAUAUGAUGAGUGGAAUGAUUGAAAAAAUGCCUCUUUAAUAAACUACCUCUAACGCUAUUUCUGCAGUAAUAGAUAUUAUCAGAUUAAUUGGGUUAUUUGCAUUAUUUAAUUCUUUUGAUUCCAAGUUUUGGUCUUGUAACCACUAUAACUCUCUGUGAACAUUUUUCCAGGUGGCUGGAAGAAGGAAGAAAACCUGAUCUAGCCAAUGCUGUUGUAGGCAUUUCCUCUGCCUCAUCUCACUGUGCUGUGGUCUGUCCUCACAUGUGGCACUGGUAACAGACUCACACAGCUGAUGAAUGAUUUCUCUCCUUAUGUGUGGAAGGAGGGGAGCACUUAGCCAUUUGCUAACUCCCAGAAUUGGAUCAUCUCCUAAGAUGUACUUACUUUUUAAAGUCCAAAUAUGUUUAUAUUUAAAUAUAUGUGAGCAUGUUUAUCAUGUAGUAUGAUUUAUACUAAGCAUUAAUGUGGCUCUAAGUAGCAAAUCUGUUAUUCAUGUGGGUAAAGUGAAUCUAGAAUUAUUUGUAAGAAUUACUCAUUGAACUAAUUCUACUCUUUAGGAAUUUGUAAGAGUCUAACAUAGGCUUAGCUACAGUGAAGUUUUACAUUGCUUUUGAAGACAAGAAGCUAAGUACUAGAAUAAAUAAGGUUACAGAGAACAUUUUUCAGUUAAAACCAAGUGAUUUCCAGCUGAUAUAUCUAAUAUUUUUAAAACUAACAUUGUAGAGUCAUAAUUUAUUUACAAUAAAAUGUUCCCACUUUAAGUAUACAAUUCAGUGAGUUUUGAUAAAUGGAUAUACCCAUGUAACCAACACUCCAGUCAAGUUUCAGAAUAUUUCCAUCACCCUCUAGAAAGUUCUCUUGUAUACCUGCUCAGUCAGUUCCUUUCACUCCCAAUUGUUGGCAGUUAUUGAUACGAAUUCUAUCACUAUAGGUUAGUUUUCUUUGUUCCAGAACAUCAUGAAAGUGGCAUCAUGUACUAUGUAUUCUUAUGAAUGGUUUCUUUCUGUCAGCAUAAUGAUUUGAGAUUUGUCCUCAUGUUGUGUGAUUCAGUGGUUUAUUCCUUCUUAUUUCUGAAGACUUUUCACACAUUGUAUGAAUAUACCACAAUUUGUUUCCUCCCCACCAGUUUCUGCUAUUACAAUUAAAACUGUCCACAUUUACAA